AUGUCACUCAGAGAGGACUGAGCAUUGUGUGGAUCUCGCCUGAUAUUUUCACCAGGCAGUGUUAAGGACAGGACGUAGGAUAAGUGUUCACAGGAAUAGGGCUAUUUGUGUGGAGCUGGGAAAGACAUACCGGAAUACAAAGAUUCCAAAGUGCAGAGAACAACUCUUUCAGCUCUACCAGAUUAGUUAAAAGAGAGCCACAUAGGGAAGAGAUAUGUCAAGUGCAAUUUUGAGACGAAACUCCAGCAAACAAGGCUUGCAGAACCUCCUCAGAGUGACAGCUCAACGCAGUAUUGAGGAUGCAGAAGAGAUUGAGAGGGAGCGACGACGCAGAGCCCGAGAGGCUCUCCGAAAGGAACACAGUAUCACCGGAUCAGCUGGAUCACCUGGAUCACCUCAAGACAGCUCUGGACCUGCUGAGGAGUGUCUAUUUGAGACUGAACUGAAACCUAGCAGCUCUGGAGCACUGGAAGAGGAUGAAGGUUUCAGUGACUGGACUCAGAGGUUGGAAAAGGGCAGACAGGUCAGGCAGGAGGAAAGUGAGCCGAGAGAGGAGGUGGACUUGGAGGUGGAAAGAACCAUGAACGGAGGCAGCAGAAGAGAGGAGAUCAGCUCCAUUGUGCUAAAUCAACGGCAUAAGGGACACGGCGAUGUGGACGAAGUGGUGGACUACAUGCAAGGGAGAAAGAGCAGUGAGAGGUGCAAGCUGUUUGGAGACAAAGCAGGCAGUCUUAAGGUCAGAGAGACACCGCAAUGGAAGGAAGAUUCCAUCAGAGUUAACAAGAGGGACGUGGAGGAGCCAAAGUUACACGUAGAAGAUUUGGUGAAAGAAGUGAGAAAAGAAGUGAAGGUCUCUUAUACAUCUAAGGUCUUCCUGCAGCAAGAUAGAACACCGACAACCAACAGCGAGGAUCCUGCUGGAGAGGACGUGACAUCACAUUUGCUUAAAAAUAGAAAGACUACAAGCAGGAUCAUAGGUCAAAGCUCAGAGUCAAGAGAACAGGCAGGGGCCAAUAUGGAGACAGAGCAGAAGUUGGAGAAGAUCCGGCGCAGCCACCAGGAAAAGGAGAGCCAGGAGCUUGAGCAGCUUCGUCAGAGGCAGGCAGAGGCUGAGAUGGAGCUGGAAGAGCUCAAGAAGAGGAGAGAGGAACGCAGAAGAGUGCGUGAGGAAGAGGAGCGCAGGAAGGAAGAGGAGGAGCAGCACCGCUUGGCAAAGGAGGAGGAUGAGAAGAGGCAGAUGAAGGAGGAUAUUGAGAGGCGAAGGAUGGAAGCAGCUGAAAGGAGGAUGAAGAGCUUGAAUAUGUCCUCACUAGAUGGGGAUGAAUCGUUCCCUCUUAGUCCAAAGAGUCCAACUUUUAAGAGAGAGCAUGAGGAGAGAUUGACAGCUGAAAGUACAUGCUCGAUCGUGGACAGAACCGAGUCCUUGAAUCGGUCUUUAAAGAAAAGCAACAGCUUUAAGAAGACUCAGCCACCGCUACUCCUGUCUAAGAUCGAUGACAAACUGGAACAGUACACUCAUGCUGUGGAGAGUUCAGCAAAAGAACCAAAGACAUCUAAGUCAACUGUAGCAGACAUGCCCAGUGUUCCUGAACCAGUGGUCGCCAAAAAGAACCUGUUUGAGGCAGGAGAGGCCUGGAACCAGUGCGCAUCCAAAGGAACUCCAUCAAAGGACACUGAUGGACUGAAGGUGGGUGUGGCUGAUCUUAUCACACAUUGGGUAAAAGGAAGCCCAGAGAGUGGCAACAAAUCCGCACAGUCUAAACCCAGUGAUGUUAAAGCAGGAGAUGUGCUCCAGAAGAAGAACAUGUGGGAGAUCAUAGGGGAAGGAUCAGCAACUGGGCGCUCAGGACUAGCAGCGAAGGGUACCGCCUCAAGCAAACGCUACAAGUUUGUUGUGACUGGCCAUGGCAAAUAUGAGAAAAUUUCUAUCGAUGAUGACCAGUACAGUGACUAUCCAAAUGGAAAAUCAAGAGACUUGUACCACCAUGACUUGUGAAAGCCUGUUGCAUAUUUGAGAUUUGGUGAUCUACAAGGACUUUUUGUUUCUUUCUGGUUUUACAUUCACAUACAUCAAUAGCUUUCAGUCAUUAAGAUACAUAUCUUCAAUACGAUUUUGUUGAUUUUAUCGUUUAAAACACAAAUAUAUCUGUAUUACUAUGUCAUAAAGCAUGUGAUGUUUACAUUGCUUUUUUCAUCUGUCCUUGUUUAAAAUGUACCCAGACAUGUUUCCGCACUACAAAUCAGAUUAUAAAGUAUACUGUUUCGAUGGUAUGGUUAUGUAAAUGUAAAUAGGAUACUAGGAGAUGUAGGGUCAAUGCUAUAUUUUGGAAUUAGCCCCAACCCCAAAUAUUGUGGAUGGACUAUUGGUUUGGAGUCAAACAGUAAUGUUAGGCUUUUUGUUUUAUAUAUGGAAAAAAUGGUAAAACAAAUAUAUAUAUUUAGGAUAAAUCCUUUCUCCAGUAUGUGACACUGAUAUAUAGGGUCCAGUUUGUCACUGAGCAUAGUCAACUAUCAACUAUUCUAUAGGAAAUAUACACUGGAGAUAAUCCACUUUACUAUAUUUAUGAAAAAUAUUUGAGCUUAAUGAUGAUCAUUUGUACCGCUAGUCUGCUUCAUACAGUACCACAUCAUGGUUAAAGAUUUCCCUGUUUUUCAUUAAAAUAUAUAUUUUGAAUGUUCCACCAAUGAAACCAUUUUAUAUUGUACUAUUAUUUUGUUUAAUAAAUUUGAUUUUUUUAUUAUUAAA